GGAGCUUGCACUUCUGUUUGGUAUGUUCUGUGAUAUAACGUAACCUAUCAUUGCUCGCCAAGUCGCCGCUGGUCGCCACGUACGAUUAGGGUGAACUGUGAAGUGUCAUUGGUGUUAUAGGCUUGCUGCUUUGCUGUCCUUACUGGCUUGCUCCGUUGAAAGACAACGCGAACGAUAGUAACGACACAUCGAAAAGCGGGCUUGAUGCAGUUUUACAUUAUAUUUGAUAAAAAAUGGUUGUUACUAACAAACAUACUAAGUUAUUCAUAUGCGCGGUCGGUAUAUUUGUGUGCUACUUCUACUUCGGUAUGUUGCAAGAGAAAAUCACGCGUGGACAAUACGGCGAUGGGGAGAAUCGUGAGAAAUUCACGUACAUGUUCGCAUUGAUCUUCGUCCAGUGUCUGGUAAACUAUAUAUUUGCCAAAACGAUUCUGCUGACGGUGAUGAAGCAGGGCGAGGAUACCACAUCGACUUUGUAUUAUUCACUGUCCUCUCUGACGUAUUUUCUUGCUAUGGUGUGCAGUAACAUGGCAUUGCAGUUUGUCAAUUAUCCGACGCAGGUGAUCGGUAAAGCUGGCAAGCCUAUACCUGUGAUGAUACUUGGUGUAUUGCUAGGAAAAAAGGUAUAUCCAAUUAGAAAGUACCUAUUUAUUUUCUUUAUCGUCAUUGGAGUUGCAUUAUUUAUGUAUAAGGAUGGCAAUGUCUCUAAAAUGCAAGCAGAGUCACAAUUGUCAGUUGGAGAACUAUUAUUACUAUUAUCGUUAACAAUGGAUGGAUUAACAAGUGCAGUGCAGGAACGAAUGAGGGCAGAGCAUCACUCAAAGUCAGGUCACAUGAUGCUUAAUAUGAACCUCUGGUCUGUUAUCUUUAGUAGCGCAGUGAUUCUUAUUUCUGGAGAACUUUUUGAAUUUAUUCGUUUUCUGCAAAGAUAUCCUUCCACCAUAUGGCAUAUAAUGACAUUUUCUAUAGCUGGGGCUUUUGGACAAUAUUUUAUAUUUUUAACAGUAGCUGAAUUUGGUCCAUUGCCAUGCUCAAUUAUAACCACUACUAGGAAAUUUUUUACCGUUUUAGGCUCUAUAUUAAUUUUUGGAAAUAAUCUUUCAUCUAGGCAAUGGAUGAGUACAUUUAUAGUAUUCUUAGGUUUAUUUUUGGACGCUAUGUACGGUAAAGAUAAAAGUAAAAAGGAUACUGUAAAAUAGUAUGUGAUAAUUAUCUCAGCAUUUACUUAGAUGACAUAUACUUUUAAAUAUACUUCCAGCAUUUAAGUUAUUAUAGAGCAUAAUAAUUAUUUAUAAUUUACUGUAAAUAUAUUAGAACUUCUGAUCAAAUAUUGUUAUUUUUUCUGUUCGUAUUUUUGCAAAUAAAAGAUGAGAGAGUGUUCUCGAAUGAAGAAUUGUA